UUUUCCAAUAGUAUAUGGAGUAGAAUACUCUGUCCGAAAGUUUAAAUAGAAGUAUACUACUAUACCAAAUAACAAAGACUUCAAACUUCAUCGCCCGCACCUAGAAAGCCUAAUUAAGAUAGCAGCAGCGAGCAAAAAUGGACAUCGUUCCGUCCUCUCAAGGUGAGUUACCUCUCAAUGAGAAUGACUCACAAGACAUGGUCCUCUAUCAACUCCUAGAUGAGGCCAAUGCCCUUAACACCCAAUUUUACCCCUCAAGAAACCAAACUAAUACUACUAUCCAAAAUGUCCUCGAACCCACUGGUACCAAUGGGAAGAAGCACUAUAGGGGUGUUAGGCGUCGCCCAUGGGGAAAAUUCGCUGCAGAAAUCCGUGACUCUGCGCGACACGGCGCGCGGAUUUGGCUCGGCACGUUUGAGACUGCAGAAGAGGCUGCCUUGGCAUACGACAGAGCCGCUUUCAGGAUGCGUGGCUCUAAGGCUCUACUCAAUUUCCCGGCUGAAGUAGGGGCAGAAUUUCCUAGCAGAUGGUUUAAUCGCAAUUUGAGUUCAAGGAGAUUAGAUAAUAAGCAUGGUUCAAGUUCCAGUAGAAACAGUUAUGAAACUUCUUCAAAUGGAAUGCCUCAAUCAGAAUCAGAGUUUAGGCCAACACAAGAUUCAGCUUCAAGUAGUGUUGGAAAAGUUUUGAUUUCAGGUCAUGGUGAUCACCAUUCACUUGAGACAUAAUUUUGUAGCAUGCCAUGCCACAACAAAAUGAAGGUGUGGGCAAAAGGAGAUGACCAAGUUUUGAAUGUGUUUCAUUAUUUUUCUCAAUACUUUUUUUUUUUCUUUCUUUCUUUCUAUCCAAGAAUUUCUACAAAUUCUUGAUUCAAACACUGUCUAAACUUGAACAAAAUUAAGUACGUAUGUGGGCUUGUUUGAACUAAUUAAGGACAUGUUUGGAACGUGGCAAUGGUUAGAGCGAGGGGAAAUAUGUGAGAACCGCCUUUUUGAUUAUUUGUAUUCAGAAAUUGAACAUGUCAAUAUUAGCUAG